UUGUGGUGUGGUGUUGAUAGUUUUUAGGAACUUUGCAAAUUAAAAAUUAAUUGUUAAACAAUUCGCUAAUACUAGUUUUAGUCGUAUAUAUUUAUAGAUCUAUGGGUUUAUCAGUAGUUCGUGUAUCGUGUAUUCUCAAUUCUCAAUCACUCUAAACCAAAUUAUUGGUAGAAAAACAAAAUUAUCUUGACUCAACAUUCCAAUGUGUGACCACUAAGAGGUUUAAGGACAAGUCGGACCACUAUCAACUAUGGAGUUUCCUAGACUUACGAAGAAUGCUGUAAUUUUCCAGGACGAGAUUGACCCAUUAAACGUCCUCACAGCUAAACGGAUACCACCACAAAAUAUCGCUACGCGUCUCGCCGGACGUGAAGUAUGGGGUGGGUUCGGACCACGAUCUGGGACGGAGAAGUUCCUCCAGCGGUCCAUGUAUCAAAGCAUCGUGCCAAACUUUACUGUCACUCAUGUUGAGAAACCACCAUGUUUCUUGCGCAAGUUUACGCCGGAUGGAAAGCUGUUUGUGGCUUUCUCUGCUGAUCAGAUGUCUGUGGAGGUGUAUUACUUUCAAGGACCACAGGCUGCCAAUUUUUUGUUCGAAGAUUUGGCAAAAAAUUGGAAUUAUAAUCGCAAUAAUCCUUCGGAUUCGUCUGGGUUUAAACCACCUCCAGAGAAGCGAGCAAAAAUGAGUGUCAGCGAUCGACGAGCUAAGAACGACCCGUACAGUCGCGGAUUCCCUGACAUUAUCAGCGCCGAGGAUAAGGAUAAUUAUAGUCAAGAAAUUCGGAAAAAGAUAUUCCAAGCGUUUUUUAAGCUAAAGUUUCGCGUUCGUGUCGCUCCUCAAGGAGAGGACUUGAAUCGAGAAUGCUCUCUUUUCACCGAAGACUUUCGCUACCUAGUCGUUGGAUCUGCUACGUAUGCACAUGAUGAUUACGCCCAACCCAGUCACAAUGAAAUAUAUCGGACGAAUGAAUCGGUGGAACCGAAUGAAAGAUUUCCGCUGGAAGACUAUACAAUUCAUAUUAUAGACUUGAAACAUGGCGUUCUGACUGAUUCGAAAAGCUUUAAAGCUGAUAGGAUAUUUUUAUCACAUAAUCAAGGACUCUAUCUUUUCAACAACACUUUGGCAGUUUUGUCAGUUCAACAUCAAACAAUCUCGAUAUUUCAUGUGGAUAAUGGUCAAUUUUGGCCAGUCAGGACAAUCGGUAGAUUUUGUUAUGAGGAUGACGAAUUACUUUACUCGGCUGUGCCCAGUUUCCUCAGCGUUCGUCCCAAAGAUGAGGUCUUUUUUAGUACAUUAAAACAACGCCUACUGGCAUUCUUGUUCCGUAAAGCGUACGAAAAAGCGCACGAAUCGGUGGAUCAAGACUUGACUGAGAUUGCUCGCUUACGUCAGUAUUAUGAACAACUUGUCAAUCUUCGAAUCUGGAAAAUGCAACUUCUCGACGAAGAUCACCUCUUGCUUAAAUAUUCAAGUGAAGAUGUUGUCACUCUCAAAACCCCAGAGCCAAAUUCACAGCAUUGUUUAUUCGUGAUAUACAACAUACCAAAAACAAAUGUGAUUGCAGUCUUUGAAAAUACAACUGAAGAAUUGGUUGACUUUUUUGAAAAUUUUACUGACAAUUUUCGCAACAAUAAUUUGACCAUGGAGGGACGGUUUACCUCAUCCCCAUCAAACAACAUGUAUGCAAGACAAAUCCAUCAAAAAUUUCGACAAACCAUAACCAGUGCUCGCUAUGGUGGACCGGUUGAAGCGACGAAGCGAAUAUUGGCGCAGCUUCCGAUCAGUUCACAGUCAUACAGUUCCUCGCCCUACCUGGAUCAGGCGUUGUUUUCCUACGAUGAUCAUCGCGUGUCAUCCAUGGAACGACCAAAAGCGUGUGGAGAGAUUCCAAUUAGGUUCUACGGUCGAGAUUCAGGUAUCUAUAAGUUUCAAGUUCAUGCCGGAAUAUUAUCCAGAGGGAGUGCACCUUCCGGUCGACGACUCGUCGCUUUCACCUUCCACCCUUCAGCACCCUUUGCGAUAAGUGUACAAAGAACAAAUGCCGAGUACUUGGUCCAUUUCCACUUGCGACUUGAUCCACAUUCACUACUGCCACCAAUUUAAUCAUGUACGUCGCCAAACAAACUAAUUUGUAUUUAACACAAAAGUAUUUUUUAUAGGUUAAAAAUUGACUCGAUGUUCGACUAUUUUCGCUUUAUAUUACAAUAAGCAGCUAAAAUUAUUUAUCCUAAAUGGAUACCCUAACCUUAAUUUUGACGUUAAAUUGAUGAAAAAAUUGUAAGCUAUUUCAUAAGUAAAUAUUGUCCCAUGUUUAAAUCAUUGUGGAAGGCCAAUAAAUACAUUUCUGACAAUAA